AUGGAAGACGAUGAAGACUCAAAUGAGGAAGUAGAGGUACUUCGUGAAGGACUAGCUACUGUUAAGUUUUCUAAAGAAUUCAAGCAACACAUUCGCACUCCAUGGUCCAAAGCAAUCAUUAUCAAGGUCUAUGGUAGAACGGUUGGGUUCAGCUUUCUACACGGUAGACUACUAUCCAUGUGGAAACCCGUUGGUAGGCUAGACUGUGUGGGUUUGGGGCAUGACUUUUUCCUUGUGAGGUUGUCAUUGAAAGAAGAUUAUGAAAAUAACCUUAGGAAGGGUCCUUGGUUUAUUGGUGAGCAUUUCCUCUCUAUUAGGCCAUGGGAGCUGAAUUUCCGACCAGCAUCCACGAGUGUUACUUCAAUAGUAGUAUGGAUAAGACUCAAUAAGCUUCCAAUUGAGUACUACAAUGUGGAAGCUCUUCUUCAGAUUGGGAAAUCCAUUGGCAAUGUUCUCAGAAUAGAUACUUAUACUGCCUCUGAAGCUAAAGGAAGGUUUGCUAGGCUCUGUGUUCAUAUUGAUAUUGACAAACCUUUGAUCACAGCAAUUUUAAUUGGAAAGUUUGAACAAACAGUAUGCUAUAAGGGUAUUCAAAAGUUGUGCUUCUCUUGUGGAAGAAUGGGUCAUCGGAGGGAAAAUUGCACGUACACAAUCCGUCAAUGUUCUUAA